UAAACGUUCUCUACCUCAAAGUUGCUCUCCCUCUGCUGCUGCGUUUUCGAGCCUCUCUCGCACUUCCUCCUCCCAUCCCAUCCUCCUUUCUUCAGCUCCCCGCACUCAACCAUGGCAGAACAGACGGAGAAAGCUUUCCUCAAGCAGCCUAAGGUGUUCCUUAGCUCGCAUAAAACAGGAAAGGGGAAGAGGCCUGGAAAGGGAGGCAAUCGGUACUUCAAGAAUGUUGGCUUGGGGUUCAAGACUCCCCGAGAAGCAAUUGAUGGAACUUAUAUUGACAAGAAAUGCCCCUUCACUGGGAAUGUGUCAAUCAGGGGUCGUAUAAUCUCUGGAACCUGUCACAGUGCCAAGAUGGUGAGAACAAUAAUUGUUCGACGCAACUACCUCCAUUAUGUCAAGAAGUACCAGAGGUACGAAAAGAGGCAUUCUAACAUUCCAGCUCACAUAUCACCAUGCUUCCGUGUGAAGGAGGGAGACCAUGUUACUGUUGGCCAGUGCAGACCAUUGUCAAAGACAGUGAGGUUUAAUGUGCUGAAGGUGAUUCCAGCUGGUUCUUCUGGUGGUGGGAAGAAGGCAUUUACUGCGAUGUGAGUUUUGGUGGGAUUAAUUUUCUUUAGUGCUAAUCUAGCAUGUGGCAGACCUUGGCAUUAGAUUGUGUUAUGUCAGUUCGAAGGCACUUUUCCCUUCUAUUUUUGAUUGGAAGUUUUGAAAAUUUGUACGUGGCCAGAUUUUGGUCUUGAGUAAAUGGAUCAUUUCCGACUUCCAUCAGUAGUAGUACACUUCCUUGUGCUAUGGUUGUGAAAUUUGUUUGUUUUGCCUGGUAAUAUGAAUGUGUUACGAA